AUGAAGAUAUUCAUUCGACCUGAUGAUGAGCUAGCUGAGGAGUUGACCACUCAUCAGAACAACUUUCAAGUACCAGUUGUAGAUCUUGAUGGCAUCAGAGACGAAAGGCUAGAGGAGAUUGUUGAACAGGUCCGAGCUGCAUCUGAGACAUGGGGCUAUUUUCAGGUCGUGAAUCAUGGGAUUCCCUUAGAUGUGUUAGAUAAAGUGCUUGAUGGGGCACGAAAAUUUCAUGACGAGGACCAUGAGGUGAAGAAAGGGUUAUAUUCUCGUGACCCAAAGAGAGACGUUAGAUUCUACAGCAAUUUAGAUCUGUAUCAGUCACGAACAGCUAAUUGGAGGGAUGCUUUGACUAUUUCUACUUUAGCUUCCAACCAUUUUGAUCCAAGUAAAAUACCAGAAAUUUGCAG